GUCAAAAUAUGAUGUUCCCAUAAAUGGAAAAAAAUGGGUACUAAGUACAAUAGGAUCUUCAUGGAGGGUACACAAGUGUCGAUUCAAGAACAAGUUUUGCAAAACUUAUAAGAAUGACAAGGAUAGGUGGCGUAACCGCCCGAAAGAGAUUCCACAAAGUGAUUUUCGAGUUCUUUUAAAGUUAUGGAAUUGCAAAGACUAUCAGAACAAAUGUUCUCGUAACAAACGCAGUCGCAGUUUCCAGAAAUAUAAUCACACAGCUGGUCGUGAGUCUUUUGCGAGAAUUCGAGACAGAUUGUCUCAGGAAAUUGCCCUUCCAGAUUCUGAUGAUGAUGGUGAUGGUGAUGGUGAUGAUAUACCUUUAUCAGUCAUGU